CAUUUUGUCUGAUUAUUUCAGUGACUUAGUAAAUAAGGAGAGGUUCUAGUUCUACAGCUGCGAGAGCUGUUCAAAUAAAUCACCACCGACUGACUCGAUCUUACUAUAUGGCGGCGCCUGCAAACAUUUUGAACCUUUCCAUUUCCAUCGUUCCUUAUAUAUAUGAAACAACUCACAUAUGGGGUUGUUUAGAUUGAAGGGGUAGUAUUUUUGCUUUUGCAUGCAUCAAUCAGAAACGAGGGAUUCGAUCUAGUAGCUAACUAAAACAAGCUUUUUGAUUGCGUUUACACGUGUUUGUUAAAGGUGGCAAAUCCUAAAGAGAAGAAGGGAAACGAGGUUGACAAUAUAUUAUUCCAUGAAGGGAUGAUGAACAACCCUGCAUUAUUGUCAAGGCUGUUUCCGGGUAUCAAUAGGGAGAGGGAGAUGUCUGCCAUGGUCUCAGCUUUGACCCACGUUGUCUCCGGAGAGGUUCCAACCGGUGAUUCUUCUUCAGUUCUUCAUCAUCAACCUCAUGAUGAUGAUGCUGUUACUGUUAAACCAAACAUGCCUUCUACAACACCCUUUUCAUCUACUUAUGUUGUUGCCACCUCUUCUCUCAAGAGAAGUAGACAACAUGAUACAUAUACACCAUCCUUCUCACAUCCACCUUCAUCAUUCCCUGCUAUGCCAACAAGUGCAGAAUGUUCAAAGAGUGGAAUGGGAAAUGCUGUGUACGAAUACAGAACAAGAGGAACAGAGAAUGUAAAGAAGGAGGAGGGAAGGAGAAAAUAUAGAGGGGUGAGGCAGAGGCCGUGGGGAAAAUGGGCAGCGGAGAUAAGAGACCCAUUCAAAGCAGCAAGAGUAUGGUUAGGAACAUUUGAGACGGCAGAGGCAGCAGCUAGAGCCUACGAUGAAGCUGCCCUUCGUUUUAGGGGCAGCAAGGCCAAACUCAACUUCCCCGAGAAUGUCACUCUCCGACAACCUCAAUUCACUGUUUCCACAUCAACAGACCCAUUUCAACUCUCGGGUACCAACCUUUAUGAUCAUAGGAUGUUUCUGACUUCUAAUACCAUGGCUUCUCAUCAUCUUCAAUCUUCUUUGCCGCUGCCACCAGCAACCUCCUCUUCUCUAACUUCUCCUCCUCAGAACAUCACUUCACUUUCUUCCUUGUAUUCUGCCCAGUUGCCCCCAUGGUCGGCCUCUGCCUCUGGUCAUAGCUCUUCUUCCUCCCCAUGAUCCUUUUUUGUUUCUUUGUUUUUAUUGAGUCUAUAUUUUCCGUCUUUUAUCGUA